CUGGGAGAAAAAGCACCUGGGGAAGUGCUCAACGCAGGGGGCAGCAGGGGGCAUAUCGAACCCCAGCUCGGUUGUUGUCGUUACCGUCAGGGAUAAAAGGAGACUUGGACAUUCGUUUAAUCACUGAUGGUGUGGCUUGGCUGAAGACUACUAGCUCUUUCGAUGGCUGCUAUUAGAGCGAGAGUGUCGGUUCAGUGGACGUGUACUUUACUAGUGAUCUCUCUGAUUGUGGAGUCACACCACACGCAACAGGUUAAACUGAAUCCACAUCACUGGGGGCCCCAGUCUAUGAUGUACCUGAAGGGAAAAUAUGGCAGAAGAUAUUUACCUGAUGCUCAAGGCACUGUCAAAUUAGGUUUAAAUGGCUGGUUUACAGCAAUCAAAGGUUUCCAGAGGUUGAGAUCAGUAGAGUUCAGAAACCCCAGGAUAUUUCUGACAGGACCAGAAACUGCACCUCUUGGUUAAUAGAUGAUUCAUGUGGAGCUCAUCUGAAACAGUUAUUGUAAAGUAAGAGAGAGAGAGAGAAACCAAGAGUGUGUUUGUAGUUAAUCCCUAUUUUUCAUUUGAUCUAAAUCUAUGUUUUGUAAAGAACUGUAGUUCUUCCAUUUCUCAUCAGUUUUAGGUAUUGUUAUGCUUAUAUAUAUUUAAUGCUAUUUGUUGAAAUGUUUCAUCUUUGUUGUGUAGACCGAUCUUACAAUGUGUUGCAGCCUACACCCAGUGCUGAACUGUGAAUAAACUAUUGGUUAAAUAAUUGUUACUGAC